AUGGACAUCUUAGCUUCAAUUUUCAAACUUCUAAAAGCUCGAAUCGACAUUAUUCGUGUCGGAAGCGUUUGCCAAUCAUGGCGAAACUCAGUAGCCUAUUAUCACAGCAGUGCGAAGGGUAAUGUCAUUAGCCCUCUUGAGCUCCCUUUCCAUGAUUCUCUUCAAAAAUACUGUUUUGAUGGAAUGAGGAUUCCUAAAUUCUUGAACUUUUAUGUAACGAUUACCUAUAUGGUUAAACCAACUUGUCAAGAUUCUAAAAGUUUGUUUAUUGAAGUUGAUCAUCAUCACCUAGGGCAACACAAAGCACGCAUAUUAAACCUCGGCACACGAAAUAUCAAGAACGAUAUCAAUUUUUAUCGUAAAGACGUGGUUGAUUCAAGAAAUUAUCAUGUAUCAGAAAUAUGCAGAAGACACACACUCAAACAUUUUUCUGGUCCGGGUGCUGAAAGAAUGACAAGUUUGUUCCGGAAAGUAAUUGUUUAUCCGGAUAAUGAUCGGACUAUUAAAGAAGACUGUGUGGUGUUUGCAAUCGCAAGAGGAUAUUUGGUAUACUGUAAAUUUGGAGAAUGGGAUUGGAAACAGAUGAACAAAUAUUGUUGGGAGUUUGAAGAUAUAAUUGUUUAUAAUGGAAAAGUGUACGCUGUUGAUCGGCGGAGUCGUCUUUGGGUAAUUGGUUUUUCAUCAUCAGAUUAUUAUAUGAACUGUGUAUGUGAUCAGUUAAUUAAUGAGCUUCGGAGUAAAACUUUGGUGGAGUCUUGUGGAGAUCUUUAUCUAUUAGUAACAGCGGCUGUUCGUCAAGAAACAAAAAUUUAUAAAUUGAAAGAUUGUAAAUAUUGGGAUUUGGUCCAAAGCCUUAAUGAUCAGAUUUUUUGCAUUGGCGAUGCCUAUAAUUCUUCUUAUAAUUCUUCAUUCUCGAUUUCAACCAAAGAUUAUCCGGAGCUAAAUGAAAGCGUAUAUCUUGUCCGUCCGUGGACGACCAAUGAUUACUUGUGCAAGAAUUUUCUUCUUAAUGCACUCAGUGAUGAUAUAUAUGACUACUACAACAAUGACAAGAGUGCAAGGGAGACUAAGGAGGCGCUGGAGGAAAAAUAUAUAUGA